AUUGCAAUAAAUUCAACCAACAUUAAUCAGCUUUCGUACCAGGGAUCACACAUCAGCUAGUUUCUUUCUUUUCUUUUAUAUUUUGAUUUUUCGGCUUCGACUUCCAUUUCGCUUGUACGUAUCAUUAAGCACUCGACCAUGAACAGUUUUAUCUGCGUUCUUCUCGCCUGCGCGUUCACGGUUUCCAGAGCCUCUGUCCUGCAAGAUACUCAGCCGUACAUCCAGAAAGCCGUUGCGCAGGUGCAACAGGCCACUCGGGAAACCGUUCCCACUAGCGUACUGCGGCAUGCCAACGAGACCCUGUCCUCCUUCGACGACCUAACCGAAUCCACGCAGGACGCCGCGCGGGAAAUCGUCUCGGACCUACUCGCAGCGAAAGGUCAACUGCAGCUGAACGGCGUAGAUAAUGCCGGGGGUGCACAGACGAUUGCCCAGGAGCUGAUUAGGAAAAUUACCGACCCAGGGACACCAGACGCAAAGUUCUUUCAGAGAUGGUUCUGGAAAAAGAAGUGGUUCAGAAUCGCUGUCAAAAUUGUCCAGAUCGUGAUUAUUAUCAUCGGUCGGGCCAAGGUUGAUGAUGCUACCGUUGAGGACACGGUGCUGACCAAGAGCGUCGGCGAGGUUGUCGACUACUUUAGGCCGCACGCGGAGAAGGAAAUCGGGGCCGCGUAUCAGUUUGCUGCUGACUCCCUUCUCGCCACGAGUACCGAUCAUCAUAACCAGAUCGUCCGUGCCGCUCAGGAUUUCCUUGGAUUUCUGGUUAAAUAUGAAAGCGCCCUAGGAAAGGUCUAUGGGGAAACUGUACAGGCCGUCGAAUCACUGAUCAAGGAGUGAACCAUGGCAUUACCUAGUUGCACUGUACAGCACACGAUUUCCUUUCUUAAACCCAAACUUAAGCAGUCGAUGUGUCCAACAUUGUACUCGUCAUUGUACUCGUACAAUAUGUUAUCGAUAUUAUUUUAAAUUAUACACUGUCACUGUAUAAAUAGUUACUGUACAGAGCAUUUAGAUACUAAUAGGCGCUUAUGGUCAUGUGUAUAUAGUACGAGUAGCGCUUCUAUAUAUAAUUACUCAUUGUCAUGUCUUAUUUUGACUGCUUUCCAGAAAAUAAUCUGCUAAUAAAGAUUUGAUCGCA